UCUUUUUAACAAAAAGACAGCAAAUGCUGUCUUAACUAGUUAUUGUCAUAGUACUAAAGUAUACUGUUUCUUGAUAAUAUACAUAAUAUCUUCCACAAGAUUUACCCAAUUAUUGCCACAAAUGACUGUCAAUCAAAGUGGUAAAAAAGUAACUGCUGCAUCUGCUAGAGCUCACACUAGAAAAUCCAAGAAAAACAAUACCCCUUUUCUCUUUUCUACAAGAUUUUUGGCUAUGUUUAUAGCACUUGUGUUAUCACAAAAGAUGGGAACACAACCUACAUCUACCCCAAAUCCAGAAGUUGUUUGAUCCAUAACAAUUGAGCACAGCAUGACCCAGCAGCAACGUAUUCAGCCUCAGCAGUAGACAAAGUUCUGAAUUUUGCUUCUUUGUGGACCAGGAAUGCCUUGAAUACACACAUACUUCUCAAUCCAGAUCUUGUGGUGAUUCCAGAAGUGAGAUCAUUAUGAUUGCUCAAAUAGCUGUAGCAACAGCAGUUGGAGUGUUCGGAUGGGCUUAUUUGGCAUUACUUAAGCCUCCCCCUCCAAAAGUUUGUGGCUCACCAGGUGGACCUCCGGUGACUUCACCAAGGGUCCAGCUCAGUGAUGGGAGAUAUAUAGCCUACAAAGAGGAUGGCAUUGCCAAAGAGAAGGCGAAGUACAAGAUCAUUAUUAUUCAUGGCUUUGAUAGUUCCAAAGACUUGAUAUUGCCGAUUUCCCAAGACUUAAUACAAGAGCUCCAAAUAUAUGUCCUACAAUAUGAUCGUGCUGGUUAUGGAGAGAGUGAUCCACAUCCAAAGCGCUCAGUAAAGAGCGAAGCACUUGACAUUGAGGAGCUAGCUGAUAAAUUGCAAUUAGGACCCAAGUUCUAUGUGCUUGGCAUGUCCAUUGGAGCGUAUCCUGUGUGGAGUUGCCUAAAAUACAUACCGCAUAGGCUGGCUGGAGUUGCCCUUGUUGUUCCGUUUGUGAAUUACUGGUGGUCCUGUUAUCCUGCUAAACUAUCGGAAGAAGCUCUGGGGAAGAUGCUUCCACAAGAUCAACGAUCAUUCCGAGUUGCACAUUAUGCCCCAUGGCUGGUCCAUUGGUGGAUGAACCAAAAGUGGUUCCGUGGUUUAAGUAUUACGGAAGGGAACAUGGCGAUAUUUAGUCCUCCAGACCUAGAAAUGGUGAAGCAGCUAUCCUCUGCCCCUAGUCCUGGUCAGGAGAAGGUACGACAGCAGGGCGAGUUUGAAUGUUUGUAUCGCGACCUGAUUAUUGGUUUUGGAAACUGGGACUUUACUCCAACGGAUAUCAAAAAUCCUUUUCCAGACAAUGAGGGUUCGGUCCAUCUUUGGCAAGGACAUGAUGACAGACUUAUUCCACUCGAACUCAAUCGUUAUCUAGCGGAGAAGCUCCCUUGGAUUCAAUAUCAUGAGGUUCCUAAUUCUGGACAUUUGUUAAUUUACAAUGCUAGUCAUUGUGAAACCAUCUUGAGGAAACUUGUCACUGGUUGAAUGAGAAAAUAUAUUAUGCAAAUAUAGCAUGCAUUUGUGGAGGGGAAACAACAAUAAAGUUGUCUACGGGUGAUCUAUAAGUCAACGGAUUUGAGCUGUGGAAGCAACCACCAUCCCUUUGGCUGCGGCCCUUCUCCGGACUUUGCUUAACAUGGGAUGCUUUGUGCACCAGACUACCCUUUAGCAUGUAUUUAUGGUCAAGAUGGUAACGUGCAAUAAUCUGAUUGAGCAAAACUUAAGUGACAAUUGUGAACUUUAUUAGCUUUUGUAAUAAAUAAUGAGGUGAAAAUUUACCACAUAUCUACUGUUGUACAUUGCAACAUAAAAUCCAGUAAUAACAACAAUAACAUGUCCAGUGUAAUUUCUUAAGUGGAGUUUGAAAAUAGCUUUCUUAAAA